CAGUCUCCUGUCUGCCAAUAAUUGUGAUUUUGUAAAUAAAUUUGAUGAAUAAAAUUGAAGUUGGAACAUUCAUUUAUUUUAUUUUCUGUACUCUGGGUUAGACCGUGUCGUAAACGACAUUGUAAGUUGAAAUUAAAUAUAUAAUAUAACAUGUAAAUUGGAAAGCAAAUAGAGAUCAAGAUGUUUCGAGUUUUUAUUAGAUCUUUUGUUACUCCAAAUAUAUCAAAAUCAGCUUUAGGUACACAACAGGAAAAUACUAUUCGAACAAUAUUUCAAGGAGCUAAAUUAUUUUCCGACUCAGAUAAGUUCUCUUUAAAACAUGAAGAAGUCGGAAGGCCUAUAUAUUUUGAUGCUCAAGCUACAACUCCUAUGGAUCCAAGAGUUUUAGAUGCUAUGCUGCCAUAUCUGGUGAGUUAUCAUGGCAAUCCACAUUCAAGAACCCAUCCAUAUGGAUGGGAAAGUGAAGCUGCUGUAGAAAUGGCAAGGGAGCAAGUAGCAAACUUAAUUGGGGCAGAUGCAAAAGAAAUUAUAUUCACAUCUGGUGCCACUGAGUCGAAUAAUAUUUCUGUAAAAGGUGUUGCAAGAUUCUACUCACCGAGGAAGAAACAUAUAAUAACAACACAAAUUGAACAUAAAUGUGUUUUGGACUCAUGUCGUGUAUUAGAAGGGGAAGGAUUUAAAGUGACUUAUCUUCCAGUGGGGCAGAAUGGAAUUAUAAGUUUGGAAGAUUUAGAAAAAGCAAUUACGACCGAAACAAGUUUGGUGUCAAUAAUGACUGUUAAUAAUGAAAUAGGUGUCAAGCAACCAAUAGCUGAUAUUGGAGCUAUAUGCAAGAAACAUAAAGUGUUCUUCCAUACUGAUGCAGCCCAGGCAGUUGGAAAAAUACCUUUGGAUGUAAAUAAAAUGAAUAUUGAUCUGAUGUCGAUAUCUGGACAUAAGGUGUAUGGGCCCAAAGGUGUCGGAGCACUGUAUAUCAGACGUAGACCAAGGGUUCGUGUUGAACCAAUACAAAGUGGAGGAGGGCAGGAGAGAGGCAUACGGAGUGGGACAGUUCCUACUCCUUUAGUUGUUGGAUUAGGUGCAGCUUGUGAAUUAUCAAACCGAGAGAUGGAAUACGAUCUUGCAUGGAUGGAAAAGUUAUCGAAAAGAUUCCUAGACAGAAUAUAUUCAAAAUUGACGCAUGUUAUACGAAAUGGUGAUCCAGAACAAAGUUAUCAUGGCUGCAUUAAUUUAUCUUUUGCUUACGUUGAAGGUGAAUCUCUACUAAUGGCACUCAAAGAUGUUGCUUUGUCGAGUGGAUCUGCCUGCACAUCUGCCUCGUUGGAACCAUCCUAUGUAUUACGAGCUAUUGGUGCGGAUGAAGACUUGGCUCACAGCUCAAUAAGAUUUGGCCUUGGAAGAUUUACAACAAUUGAAGAAGUGGAUUACACAUCUGAUAAAACAAUAAAACAUGUCAUACGGUUGAGGGAGAUGAGUCCACUGUGGGAAAUGGUACAAGAAGGAAUCGAUAUAAAAAAUAUACAAUGGUCUCAACAUUAAACACCACUAUAUAAGCCUAUUCAAUAGCGAAAAUAACUUUAAAUUGCGAUUAGUAUUUGCAAUUACAGCAGUACAGUUAGCAAAAAAGUAACACUAGCUUUCGCCUGCGAUUCCGCACCUCAAUCGAAUGUUAUUAAUUUAGUACAGAUUGCGUGUGUGAACAUACAGCAUGUUUGGUGAGAUAAUAAUCAUAAUUGAGAACAUGAUAUUUGGCGGUCAUAUGUAAAGAAAAAAUUACAUUAAAUUAAAUAUAAAUUGAACACUUAGUAAACUUAAACAAAAGUUAAGUAAAUUACGAAACGCAUGUUCACAUUUCGCGGCGCGAGCGAAAGUAGAGAACUGGAAGGCUUGCGCCUAACGAAAAAAUAUGGGGAUGUUUAAUUUACUUUUAUAGGGAAAUUUAAUAACUAUAUUAAGGCCAUCGAGACAAGAUGUGUAAACAAACGGACUGUUACUGAGUUAUAUUGCCAUAAAUACGGCUGAUUCAGUCUCUUUCGGCAAAUCAUCUUUAUCUAAUAACAGCGAUUAGAAUAGGGAAUCCAUAAUUUGUAUAUAAUUUAUUCAUUUAAAUAUGUUUUGAACCCCUGAAACUUUGUUUACAUUCUUUAUUCCGUCUUGUUGGCCUUACCAUUGUUUAUUACAUAAUAAGAAAGAGAAUCAAGUAUAACUCUCCUUAGUGUUGUUCUUAUAUAAGAUACUAGCUGUGCCCGCUUCGCUGGGUGAAUUUUAAAAGGAAAUAAAUUAAUGAAGGAACGUUGGAAUUCGAAAGUUUCGCAUCGAAUGGUGGUGGUUUCAUGUCGAUACGAUCAGUGGUUUAGGUUUGAAAGAGCCUCAAACAAAUACCAUUUUCAGUAUAUAUAAUAUACAGAUAAAUAUUGUGUCUCAUCAGUCAUACUGUAGAUAGCAAUAAGGUGUGAGUGAGAAAGAAUGAUCAAGAACACAUCAUUAAAUUAUUUUCUAUAUUGUCUUGGCUAAUUGCACCUAUAGCAGAUCUUAAGUGUAGCUGAUGUAAUGUUAAAUGUCAUUUAUAAAAUGUGAUAUUCUUAAUAGAAGCUAUCUGCAUAUUGAAUAUGUAAAAUAACGGAUCAAUUUUCUUUGUGUAAUUAUAUAGCUACAUUAAACUAUUAAACAUUA